AUGUCAAAUAAUAAGAAAGUUACUGCGAAAGAAUUAAUCAGAAACUCAUUAGAAGAGAUGAAGAAAGUGUUUGAAAAUGACACAGAAGAAUUCCUUAAUGAUGUCAACUUGAUUCAACAGUUAAAUACCAACGAAUCAUUGAAACUGGUAAAGCUACAGGAAAAAUUAGAAUGUAUGGUCAAAGAUUCCCAGGAAAUCAGGGAUUCUAAUGCCGCACUUCUGGAAAUCAAUUCCCAAUUAACGGAACUUGAAAACCAGACCGAUAAUAUGCAAGCGAUCACAAAAGAGUUAGAUGAGUGGACCAAAGAAUUAGCAAUCAAGUCAAGGAGAAUGAAAAAGUAA